CGCGUGUCUGUUCACUAAUCGCUGCGAUAUUUCUGCCCCUUAAAUCUGGACGAGGGUUUUAGGGUUACUCUCUCUCCAAACUCUCUCUCUCUCUCACUCCUGUUGUUCCCUCCUCAUCCUGAAACCCAGAACCAUGGAUAGGUACCAGAAGGUGGAGAAACCCAGGCCCGAAGUGCCCAUAAACGAGAACGAGAUCCGAAUCACUGCGUCGGGCUUGGUCAGGAACUACCUCACCUAUGCCACCACUCUUCUUCAGGAAAGACGUGGAAGAGAGAUUGUCCUAAAGGCAAUGGGAAAUGCAAUUAGCAAGACAGUAGCCAUUGCAGAGAUUAUAAAGAGGAGAAUCCCCCAGUUGCAUCAAGAUACUACCAUCAGUUCAGUAAAGAUCACUGAUGUAUAUGAACCCAUUGAAGAGGGUCUUUCAACUGUGGAGCAGACUCGUCAGGUCUCAAUGAUUUCGAUUACCUUGUCAUUUAAGGAGCUAAACAAGAACUCUCCAGGGUACCAAGCUCCAACACAUGCAGAUCAACGACGGCCACAAAAUAAUUAUCAGCAGCAGCAACAACAGCAGCAGCCUAGACAAGCACGUGAACCGUAUAAUGCUGUUAAUGAAGAUUCGUAUGGUCGAGGGCGAGGCCGUGGUAGAGGGAGAGGACGGGGUUGGAACAGGGGUGGAUAUGGAAACUACCAAGGUGGAAAUUACCAAGAAAAUGGCGGUUAUUCAAACUGGGGCCGAGGUGGUGGUCGUGGAUAUGGCAACUAUUACCCAAGUGAAAAUUACCAAGAAAAUGGCGAACAUUCAAACUUUGGCCGAGGUGGUGGGCGUGGCAGAAGUUGGGGCUACCGUGGUCCUCGGUAUGACACAGGUAGAGGCGGAGGUGGGUAUGACUCAGGUAGAGGCGGUGGCGGGGGAGGUGGGUAUGACACAGGUAGAGGCGGGGGAGGUGGGUAUGACUCAGGUAGAGGCGGUGGCGGGGGAGGUGGGUAUGACACAGGUAGAGGCGGGGGAGGUGGGUAUGACUCAGGUAGAGGCGGUGGCGGGGGAGGUGGGUAUGACACAGGUAGAGGUGGGGGAGGUGGGUAUGACACAAGCAGAGGCGGAGGCGAGGGAGGUGGUUAUGACACAGGCAGAGGCGGGGGCGGGGGAGGUGGGUAUGACACAGGUAGAGGCGGGGGAGGCGGCAGAGGAUAUGGCCGUGGCCGUGGACGUGGACGGAUGGGCGGCCGCCCGAGGGGUGGUGGAAACCAAGCAUAAUGGGGAAUGGGUGUGUCUUGCUCUAGCUAAAUGUUUGCCAUGGUUUUGCAGUUGCUAUAUUGUCCAAAGUCUGUUUGGAAAUUCUGGAAUUGUGGCUUAUUAUGUUCUUCAGGGUUUUCAAGCAUUUGAUUUGUUCUUUUUCAUAGGGUUAUGAAUGUGGGCAAGGCGUGUUUAACUCUGUUGCUUUUUUUUAUUUUAGCCAAAGAGCAAGUAGCCGGUUUCUGAUUGCUGUUCAGUUCACUGCCCAAGUAUGCUAUUGUAUUUAUUCAAAUUUCUUAAUUUUUGGUCCA